CUCGGCAGUCUAAACUCUAUCCGACCAAGCUCUACUCAACUCGGCUAAGCAUCAUUUUCCCAGUCGCUAUUCGAACGAGCUGAGGUCAACACGGUCGGUGGACUGACACUCAACUAAUAUUACGUGUUUAGAUUCGACGUUCAAUUUACAAGAUGUCGGUGAUCAAGUCGAUAGCGGUGUUCCUAGUCGGCUUCGUGUCUCUGAGGCAGAGCUACGCGCAGGUUCCCCUCUUCGGCGCCUGCCCAGACGUGGCCGUCAAGCCUGACUUCAAUCCUAAUCGGUACUUAGGCAAGUGGUACGAGGCGGAGCGUUACUUCGCGUUCUUCGAGCUCGGGGGCAAGUGUGUGACGGCCAACUACGGGGAGAAAGACAACGGCAUGAUCACCGUCGUCAACAAGCAACUCAGCGUUUUCUCCGGCGUGAAGUCAAUGAUCGAGGGGGAAGCGAACCAAGUCUCUCGGUCUGACGUCGGCAAGUUGGCAGUUCGAUUCCCGUCCUUACCCUUCAACUUUGCGGCUCCCUACUGGAUCAUCGACACUGACUACGACAAUUACGCUGUCGUCUGGUCGUGCAACGACUACGGGAUUAUACAUACAGAAAACGCUUGGAUCCUGACCAGAGAACGUAACCCUCAGCUGACAGUCUUGGAGAAAGCCUACUCCGUCUUGGAUAAGAACCGACUGAACAGAGCCUAUCUCACUCGCACCGACCAGAGCAACUGUGCUGAUGAUGAUGAGUAAGACAGAGACAGCAUGAAGGCUGGAUGUACGGAGUAGAUUGAUUGGUUUAUCUAUUCUCAAAUGAUUGAGAUGUCACAGAAAAGAGUGUAUGAGGAAGAAAGCUUGCUGAAAAAUUAUUUGAAUGAGUGCAAGCUCAUAAUUAGUGGUAUAUUAUUGAAAAGAACGUUUACAAUUCAUGUCCUAUCUAUGAGUAAAUUUUGGAAACUAGCUUUAUAUUACGACUAGGUAAUAGAUACUAAGGUACAGAAUGCAUUUACUUAGAAUAUAAAAUCGUAUCGUGAUGUUUAAGAUAAUUUAAGAAAAAAAAUAUUUAAUUAAUUUUGCACCGUACUCGGGCAAUACAUUAAUAAUUAUUAUGUUAAUUACCUAACUUUUUUAUGAAAGCGCUUAUUAUUAAUGUUUAUAAUAGCACCACUUGGCCAUUUUCAUGACCACAUGAAAUUUACUUUCAAUAUGAAUAUGCCGCUUAUGAAAAUGGCCAUGGUCUGAAAAGAGAUUAAUGUAUUAUGUUUGUAAGUAAUUGGAAGGAGAUCCAGUGAGAUAGCCCGACGUUGAAGAUUAAGCCAGUGAUUGACAUAUGUAUCAAUGGACUUCCUGCCCAUAAGAUCAUGAAAGAUAGAUAUCUCUGAAGUCCUGGUAUUUGUACUGUUUAGUUGGGUGCCGUUUACGCACAUAACAUAAAUUAUAAAUACAAUAAACACGAUAAAAGCGUACUUAUAGUACCUACUUAACAAUCUAUUUUUUAAAUAAAAUACAAUUUUGAAAACUU